CAAGUGAGAGAUGAAUACGGGCGGUUUAAAAUCUGGUCCGGGAAUAUCGCGGCACACCAUACUGGUAGGCGAUCGCUUGAAUAUAGACUUCGCGAUGCAUCGCAUAUAAGAGAGCAAGUGGUCGUGCUGCUGGUUGAAUUAGAGGAGACGCUUGAAAGUAGUAAGUAUUAA